AUUACUUUCUAUAACAAGAUUAUAAGAAGCACACAUCUUGCUAAUUGUAAAAUUAAUCAAGAUGCGUCGUUGAAGACGUAAUUACAUAAUGUGCUUUCCCUGCCAAUUCUUACUCCAAGCCCAGCUGUGUUUCCAUCUGUUGUGCGUGCUACUGUCCAAGUGGUGCCCGAAUGCCCAUUGACGACGCGCAUUGUGGUAAUGGCUUUAUUAAGGAAGUCUGGCAACUGUUCGACGAGGCGCAGAAAUUCCCCCUGCAUUCCGCCGGUCUUCAUCUGGUCUGCGGUAUUGGCAUGCUCAUGUUGAGCAUCUUUGGCGGAGGCAACCUUCCCUUAACCUACGGCGCCAUUCUCUCCCUAACAGUGACCUCCUUCGCCCAGGUCCUCAUCUUCUCCUGGCUGUACUGUAAAAACAUCCCCCCGACCGACUCCCUCACCGACCUCCUGGACGCCCUCCUCACCGUCCGCCCCUACCUCGUCAUCGCCUUCGCCGUGUGCCCGGUAAUCACCUGCCUGUUCCUCUGCGCCGCCAUCAUCGGCCUCAUCGACAUCGUCCACGUGCCGGCCCUGGGCGAGUACGCCGGCGGCGGGCCUCUGCACUACUACCUCCCGGGGAUGUUCAGCAUCGGGAUGGGCGUCACCCUGGGCGUCGUGGAGGUCAUCCCCAUGCGCAUCCUCUACGUGUCCAUCAAGAAGAUCACGCUGCUGCACGAGCUGUGCGUGGCGGUCAUGCCGGGCCAGGAGACCGCCGUCGCCGAGCGGGCGCUGCAGAGCUUGGCUGGGGAUUUAUCCAGUACGUUCCAGCGGCGGCCGUUGAUGCAGUUUCUGGAUGAGAUGUGUCGACGGGGGUGGCCACGGGGCAGCGGGACGCAGGAGGCGUGCGAGGUGCUGACGUAUACGCAGCCGACGCUAGAUCCGCCCCCACCGCCGAGUUACUGGCAGAGCGUCGAGAGACAGCGGCCGAACGAGGAUGCUAGAAGGGAAACGGUAUCGACUGAGCCGCCGAUUUAUUAUAUUACCGGUGUCGUUAAUGUGGUGCAUGUUGAAUCGGGGGACCUGCCUCCCGAAUACACGUCACGGGAUAAUUUAGCCGUAACGAGUUUUUCAUAUACGGAUCUAAACGCUGCUGUCGAAGAUAUCAAUCGGGACCAGGAAAAUAAAGACAGGCAGACGUAUGAUGCGAUAAACCGCAGUUUCCGUUCCCACAUUUAUAUAAUGAUUACUGUAUUUGUGGAUCUGCGAAGUACAAAGUACAAACACAGCCAGAUUUAAAUGUUUUCAAUAUUGCCAAGUAUUAACCUAUAAGCUUCGGGUGACCUUUUGUCUACUUUAUAGCAGUAAAAAGUACUCCAGUUGUUUGUUACUUACAAAGAUUUAAUGCAUGUUUUUAUUAAGUCGUGUUUUUAUGCGAACGACUAGUCGUGAACUGGAACAAGCAAAGGUCACAACGCCGUUGCUGCAAAAAAUGCUGCUUUUUAUGGAAACGCUGCACACACGAAACGGUAUACCAGCGGUUAGUUUCAGUAGACAUGACAGCUGUCCAGUAAUCCGGAGCGGCAUAAAUUAUCAUAGAACGCCCACCAGGCAGCUUCGUAGCUCUUGCGAUCGGGGAAGUUAUGCGGGGGCGGCGCAAAGGAAGAGUAGUACUCGUCGUUGGCCGUCA